AAUUUAGGUGCACAUCCCAUAAUCACCUACGAUCUAGAAUCUACCUCGGAGAGUUCCUUUACCGAAGAUCUACGGAAAUCGCGGAUCACGCGAGUUUGGCGACAGGAAGGGAAACAAAUGGGAAUAACGGUGGUUGAACGUGGCCGGAUAUUUUUCAACAGCUGCAAUGGCCGGGUGCGCGAAUUGUUGACCAAAUGCUGGGACUUACGGACGCCGAUGUUGCUGAUAUAGCGAGGCGCUCCAUGUUGAGCAUCGGGCGUCAUCUGACGAAGUCCAGAGUAAUUCAUCGUUUACCGGCCUGCGAUUGUUCCGUCCACCGUAACCUGUAAAAAGCUAGGAGAAUAUAGGCGCUCGAUUCUCCUCGCGACUCAUUGAGUACAAGCAAAAUUCUCAGGUUUUAAAAUGGACGACGAGAGUGAUCAGGAGAACACGAUCGAGGACGAUUACUAUACCUUCCUGAACAUCCCCAAAGACGCUAGUCCUGAGGAUAUCAGCAAUGCAUAUCGAAGACAAAGUAGACUUUAUCAUCCCGACAAGCAUACAGAUCCGGUGCUUAAAAAAGAAGCAGAGAUUCUGUUUAAUCGUACGAAAAAAGCGUAUGAAGUGUUGAGCGAUCCACAUCAGAGAGCAAUUUAUGAUUCGUUGGGAAUUCGUGGAUUGGAAACAGAAGGAUGGGAAAUUGUGCAGCGUACAAAGACACCUCAAGAGAUUCGUGAGGAAUAUGAGAGACUAGCGAGGGAGAGAGAAGAGAGACGUUUACAGCAACACACCAACCCCAAGGGUACUGUAACGGUAAACAUCAAUGCCACCGAUCUUUUCACCAAGUAUGAUGAAGAUUACAUUGAUAGUGGAUUAUUUUCAUGCAUUGAAGUCAGUGGGAUGUCGUUUGCGCAAUCUAUUGAAGCACCCCUCACUUUGCGGGACACUGUGACUAUGUCUGGUCAGUUGGGAACUCAAAAUGGUACUGGUUCUGGAUCGAUUAAUGUCUCAGCGAAACGAUUGAUAUCUUCGAAAGGAUGGGUUGAAGUUGAAGUAGGCGCUGGCAACGGCCCAACCUUCUCUCUCAAAGGAUUUCGCACAUUGACGAAACGAUUGUUUUGCGACGGAGCGAUAAUACUGCAAUUUACGUCGCAUGCCGUAAAAGCUGGUUACAUAGGAACUCUUGCGAUGCAAUUGGAUAAGCAUACGGUGGGAUAUCUCACGUAUAGAGCUGGCAUUCAGGGAGCUAUGAGUACUAUGAUCGUGAGAGACACGUCUCGAUCGUACACAGCGUUUUCUCUCCACUUUGGACUUGUACAUUCUUUCGUCAGCCUUAAUUAUACUUAUAAGAUGGAGGAGAAGCAACUCAAGCUUCGCGGUAGUGUCAAAGCCGGUACAUUUGGUGCAUUUCUGGAAUACGGCGCGGAGAAAAAGGUCUCCGAACACAGCUCAGUCUCGGCAGCUGUACGCAUCGGCGUGCCAACCGGUGUCACGCUAAAGAUUAGACUGAGUCGUGCGUCGCAAGCGUACACGUUCCCUAUACAUCUAUGCGAUGAAGUUCUUCCUGCUCCCAUCUUUUACGCCACUGUAGCGCCAAUAAUCACUUGGACGGUUAUUAAGAAGCUCAUAAUCGAUCCUGUUGUGAAAGAGCGGAAAGAGCGCGAGAAGGAAAAGCAGAGAGAAUUGAACAAGUCUAGAAUGAUGGAGAAGCAGAGGGAAGCCAAAGCUGCCACCGAACUGAUGAAGGAAACCGUCAGCAGGAUAAGAGCUGAGGAGGAGUCCAAGAAAGGACUGAUCAUUACCAAAGCUUUGUACGGUCGGUUUGUGUAUCCUCAACAGGAUCGAGCUCCUUUGGAGGAGAGCGGGCAUAGAGACGAGAUGAUAGAUGUAACAAUUCCUUUACAAUGUUUAGUGAAGGAUUCCAAAUUGAUUCUUCACAAAGCGUCUAAGAGCCAACUGCCUGGAUUUUACGAUCCAUGUGUGGGAGAAGAUAAACAGCUGUUAGUACAGUAUCUCUUCCAUACUCAAACGCACGAAUGUGUUAUACGGGACGAUGCGCCUCUCAGGAUACCAAUUUCGUCACAUAAAGUGAAUACUACUUGACAUAUGCAUUCAACAUCAAAAUCAAAACGCAGUCGUCGCAGUUGUCAUCAAUAAUCGGCGUUACUUCAGGGUAGAUUGUACAUUCUUAGAGGUUUAAUUUUACAUAGAAAGUAAAAAGUAUUAAGUGUUCAUUGAUCCUUACGCUUUGUAUAUUAAUAUCGUUUUUCAGAAAAACGAUAUUUUUUAUUUGAUAAUAGUCAAGAAAUAUUACAAGUAUCUUGUAGCGAUUGAGUACUUUCUUGAAAGAAGAUCGCUUUAUGUGGACAUUUAAUCCCGCUGAAAGAAACAUGUAUAUAUAUAUAGUAAAUUUUUAAUUGUAUGUAAGUUGUUCAUUUUGCUCAUUAAAAUCGUAUUUCAUA